AACUGCUACUGACAUCGCAGCGUGUAUUGAGACUUUGCAUUCUCUUGGACCAACUGUUUGCCUGAUACCCGGGAAAGGGUUUCGGCUUGAUCGACUAAACUUUGUGGGCCUGAGGAGGAGGAGCGGGGACGAUGUCUUACUUCGCACGAUUUACGCAGGCCUCGUCGAUGCGGCAUGCGGCAGCUGCCUGGCGCGCAGGCGCGACGCAGAUGCAUGCGGCGCGUGUGGCGAUGGCCGCCUCACAGCGGCUGGCGGGCGGGCCCGUGUUCUCCGCGCCGCCGCCGCCGCCGCCCAGCCCCGCGGCCGGCUUCUCCAGCAGCCCCGCCAUGGGCACCUCCUUCGCGGCCUCGGGCCUUCUGGGCAGCUCCGGCGGCGCCUCCACGGCCUUGGAGGGCAGCGACGGCACUGGAGAGGGUAACAGCCUAGGCGGCGCCUCCCAUAAAGAGGCCGUUCUAGCGGUUACAAAGCGAUGUAGGAAACGACGCAAACGCUUUUAGCGUCGGCUUGUCCUCCUUUCUUUGCACUCCCAUGUCAAGUUUGGAGCGGCGGGUCGGCGCGCAACAACCAGCUUACAACACGUUUUACUAUUACCGGAGUGGGGACGUGGCGGCUAGCGCGGCUUCGGGUGGUUAGGUGCGGGGGUGCGAUGCGGUGUGCGGACGGAUGGCGGUUGGAGGAGGUGGCUUGCGUGUUUGCGGCUUGAGCAGGCGAGAGAGAGGCGCACCGGGGGCUUCAGAUCACAAGAGAUGCGGGACAGCUGUAGUGGAGAAGGCAGAAGUGGCUGGGGCCCACCCAGGGCGGCGAUGCCGCCACGCGGACCAGCACUAGACAGGCGCGCGCGAGAGGGAGAGGGGCGAUGCUUGGCAUGUGGAGCCGCUGCCGCAUGCCGUCUGCAGCUCGGUUGUGGGCGUGUGCGUGUGUACGGGUGUGUGACGACUGGCAGGUUGGGCAUGCGCCGUGGGCCGCGAGGGCGGAGGUGAGCAGGCGCGGUAGGGCGCGGCCGGAGUGUCCGUGCUGAUCUGAUUGGUUUGCAGAUGUCCUGAUGCAGCGGUCAGGUCAGGUCAGGUCAGGGGGGUGUCAGGUGGUCUGGUGGAUGGGUAGCUGCCGGCCGGCGUGGUCGCGUGGGAGUACGGUACUCCCUAGGCCCUGGGGUGGGGGAAGCAGGCCGCAGCGGGUGGCGCAUGUGUGUGUGAGUGUGUGUGCGUGUGUUUAUAAGGUGAUGCGCAUGUGGUUUGCUAGCCAUUGCGGGGCAUGGCGCGCAGGCCAGACACGGCCGCACACAGGGGCAGCUGUAACACGCAACGUCG